AUGCAUUAAUAUCAAGAAGCUUUACUUAAAAAUACAUUGAGAGGAGAGGACAUUAUAGUCAAUCUCUAAAUUUACAAUUCAACUGCUCAAUAGGAUAGAUAGCAAUUUCUUAAAGCAUUACAAGAAUUAGCAAAUGAGAAAAAUGUCAAAAUUGAUGAACAAACCCGUAUUCUGCAACUUCGAUUACCAGGCACCACAACCAUAGCCAAUAUUAAGUCAGAUUUAGAAAAAUAUUGCAAUCAAAAAAUUGUAAUCAAAUAUUUUGAUUAUCCUAGAUAUUGA